AUCGUUAUUGCGGCGAUCAACAGAACCGGGCUUGCAAAAUGUCUUCCGUCGAAGGAGAUCACAAUACAAACGACACCAGUGUGAAUCUCGGUGAUCAUAAUCAUGUCGGCGACAAAGACAAUCUCGGCGCUCUCCUGGAUGACAUCGAGCCUCCAAAGUGCCGUCCAGACGCCGUCAAACCAGCAUAAAGCCCACCGUCGAAAGCUUAACCUCGGUGCUCUACGACAGGGGUGCGUUGCCCGAUGAGCUCGCCCGUCUGGUUGACCUGGUCACUCUCACCAACCAUCUGGACCAAGCAUCCAAGGGCGCCAUCAUCAAAAACCUGUAUCCAGUGGGCAAGCUGAACAGCGACUCCGUCCUGAAAGUGGUUUGUGCCUUGGGCCAUGGCCAGCUCAAGCCCUCCUUUCCGAUCCAGACUCUUCUUCUCAAGUGGCUGAUUAUGGUCUACCACUUGCUUCAAGACACCAGCAUAUUGUCCCAGACUUAUGGUGUCCUUUUCAACCUCCUCGACACUGCCGCCAUCAGGCCGCAAUUAUGUCAUGUCUUGGCCCUCAUCACGCGACGAAAACACGUCAAGCCUUUCAGGAUACAGACUAUCCUGGCCUU